GGACCAUGUUGAGAUGCAAGAUGUCUCUCCAUCACACCUCUGCAGACAGUCCUGAGGAUGCUGGCUGGCAGGGAGAGAGGCUUGUCUCAGCUUCCUCAGGAAAUGCAGUCUGUGCUGGGACCGUUCGCUGAGGUGUUCUUAUGCCAGCUCAGGUCCUGUGAGAGUUUUUAUUAACAAUACUAUAAUACUUACAGUGAGAAGGGCAACACCGUAAUUUCUUUUCAAUGUAUUUGAAACUUACGGGAACAAAUACACAUUUAUAUGACACGUUGCAUGCGUUUCUGUAUUUUUAUCUCACAUAGUAACGCACAAUAGCUAGAGCAAUUCACCUUUCCUUUUGCUGAAUUUCAGAAUCUACACUUAGGCUUGUGGUUACUAACAGGUCUAUAAAUGAAGCACAGUUUCAGCUGUUUUCUUCUCAGUGUUUGGUUUAGACUAAAGCACAGGGGCCAGUUAAACUGCCGCCUCUAAGGACACAGCCGAAGGACAGCAACAAGUUCUUGUUUUUUUGCUUUUAAGUUGUUGUUUUUUUUCAUUUCAGGGGAGUUCUUCAGACUUAACCUUGUAUUCUAUCUUUCGCCAUCUAGGUUUCAGUAUCAUAACAUCACAGCAGCUUUACAAGAUAGAGAUCUUUCUUGUAAUCUAAGGAUGCAAACACCUGAAUGCAAAUGGUUGUGACUCACAGGAUGCACGUCAGUCCACAUCUAAACCUACAGGAAACACCGCCACACCGUCUGUCUGUGUGUGUGUAUAGUACUCAGUAUGAAACAAAGGCAGUCACUGCUGGAAGAUGACGCUGCUUCGUUGGUCCAUACUGUUGCUCUGUCUUUCUGUCAACUCCGAGACCAUCAUAAAGAAUGAAGGAUUAGGCCAGAAUGUCACUUUGAGGUGUUCUACAACUCCAGUAAAUAAGUAUAAGGGGAUGUAUCUGUAUCAUAAACUUGCUGAAGAGGAAGAAGUGUUUUACUAUCAAAAAGAUAACAAGAUUUCGCCACGACAAAGAUACGAUGGCAGGAUUCAGACAACAGGGCCUCUUGCAGACCACAGUAUCACCAUCAGCAACCUGACCGUGGAAGACUCUGGAUUGUACACCUGCACCUACACUGAAGGAGUCAACAAAAAAGACGGACACAGCGUCUACGCAGUUUUUGUAGCAGCCACAAGCAGCGGCAGCACAAGGAGGAAAGGGCCGCGGGUUGACGACCUCUGCCCGUGUCCGUCGCCCACCGCCGAGGAGAGAAGUCCAUCUCUGCUGUUGAUCAUCAUCGCCUGUGUCAUUGCCGCCAUCAUCAUACUGGUGACUCUGACCGUCAUCAUCCUGAUCCUGCCGAGGGUGCGACGGUGCAGAGGCAGCAGAAGAAGAAAAAACAACGCUCUGCCAGGUACCGGUGAUGGCGUUUAUGAAGUCAUGACCAACAAAGGCCUCUACCCCAUCGGAGAUCCAGAGUAGUCGUCUGGAUUUGCUGAGCAAUACUCUCACCUAGCCGGGCGUCUUCUUCAUGAGGGUUGGUUUAAAAAAAAA